GGAAAGUUCAGUCAGGACUCGGUAGCUGUUGGUUGCGGACGUGCGAAAGUCGGGGAAACUAAGGACCACCAAGCAAAACGGAACUCAUUCAUCAAACAUAGACGUCCCAAAUUCCUCACCUUCCAUCCAUAGAAACCCCCUAGUUUUAAAGUCCAAAUAUAAAUAACUAAAAUACAAAGCUAACUAAAAUAGAACACCACCCACUAAAUACAAACAAACAAACUACCCACCAAACCACCAACCACCACCACCCCAAAAAAAGAAACCCACCCAGCAAACAAAAAGGAAUCACCUUGAAAACGGAAUAGGUUGAAAAUAUAAAGACAACCUUUGUGGGCCGGAAAGUGGGCCACCAAAUCAACAAGUCGUAAAUUAGCUGGCAAUUAGCAUAGGAAAUUCAGGUGGAGAUCUCCUCCUCCUCCCAGGAUAAAUGGCGCGGCGCAAGGACAAACCGCGGGUGAUUCCCGAACAGGAUACGCGCAUCUGUCGCGCCAUCUGCCUGUGCCAGCUGACCAUGGUCCUGUCCUGCGUGUCCAUCGUCUACCUGAGCGUGGCCAUCUACUCUCCCUCCUUAAAAGCCUUCAAAUCGGGCUUCGAACACGAUCCUGUGAUGUGUCAAACGGUGGAUCGUCAGAUGCCCAAUAACUGCCCCUGGGCAUCCUGCGGAGAAUGGUGUUUGACCAAGACCAGUGGCUUCUGCCCCCAGAUCCACUCGAUAGUGCGAAGGAAUGGCACCGAUAUACAACUGAACAAUUGCACAAGGGUUACGAACACAUCAUGUGCCAUGAUUGACCUGAGUCGCCUGAACAAGUUCAAUUGCAAUAAUGGCACCGCUUGCAAUAACAUCAGAGGGGUCUUCAACUGUUCCAAUGGACACUGCAAGAAUAUGUCCGAGUUUUUCCUAUGUCACCACAAGGCAGAUGGACACACGAUCAAUUCGCAGAAGGACAACACCAAGCUGAAUGGAUUCUUUGAGUGUCAUGGGGUGCAUUGCACCAAGAUCAAGAAGCCCUUCAGCUGCGAUCGUUAUUGCUCCAAGAUAACAACUGCGAAUGUUAAUACGCUUAUUAUGCAUGAGGACAAUGUAAUCGCAGCCGAUUGUGAGAACGCAGUGGCUUUCAACCAGGCCCGUGGAUCCGAACAUGGCGUCCGCAUCGAACCCUUUGAAUUUUGGAAGGAGGAUGAUGGCAACCUGUUGACCAACUGCGCCACAGUAACCCGAGAAUCCGAUAAUCGCAUCACUGCCACGGAUUGCCUGAAUGGCACCCUCUUGGAACACGACACCUUGCCCGCUCCCUUCAUGAACUUUACCCAGUUCUGGGCGAUCUAUGAUAAUAGCACUAGGUCGGUGGAUCCUGAGCAGAAAUAUCUGCCCAACCAGGCCAACCUGACCAUUUACUCCUGGAAGAAACUUUUCAUCAACCUGGAGGGCUGCGUGAAUACACUUCGCGGGGAAUGCAAGGACUUUGUAGCUCGCUAUGGCAACGAUGGCGAUAACAACACCGCCCAGUCACGCUACCAGUGCUACUAUAACAAGGAUUCAAAUGUGGAGUUUGUGGUGGCACGCUACGAUUUGGAUAAGGUUUAUAGGGAACUCCUGGUAUCGCUGAUAGUGCCCAUUGUGCUCUUCGUGAUCUCUUCUAUAUCAUUAUGUAUCAUCACCAAGUCCGUUAAGGUUGGCGACGAUGCCAAAAUGCGAUGUGUUUGUGCCGGCGACGAUUCGGAUAACGAUGAUAAUGUCUUUGGCGGAGGAUUGGCCAACAAACAGCAGGAUCAGAUGUACGAUACGGACGACGAUGUGGUCGAUCUGGAACACCAAGCAGUUGGAGGACAGGAGCUAUCGGACCAUGGACUACCCCUAGACAAUCAAGAGAUGAUCGGCAGCACCAAGUCGCUGAUACCACUAAGUCCCGCAGGAGAUUCAGGAACCAGUGAGCAGAAUUUCGACCAGGAUCAGGAGAAGGCCACCACCUGCGAUGUGCCCGAGAAGCCAUUGGUUAUACUUUAAAGGGGAUUAAUAUAGAAAUAGGAUUCCAACUACUGGGAAGACCACACGAGAAACAGCACCAAACUUUAUGGACCUGUGCAUUGUACAAGGGGAACUGAAUUUAAAUUCUACUCAGCGCAUUUAUACAACGUUUAUACACCAGCUAACAGAGAACUUUUCUUCGUUGAAUAAGGAUAAUCACACAUGUUUACUGGACUAAUAGAUGAUACCCCAGAUGGCCGAGCUUUAUUUACCGGAGAUUCCCACUUUGAACAGUUCCAGCAGAUGCGCCUUAGACAAAAGUUGCAUUUAUAUAGACUAUAUAUAGCAUAAACCAACUGACAUCUGCUGAACCAAAAAAGGUUAAGAAGAAAAAACACCAGGACAGACCAAGGAUAUAGGCAUCCGACUCGCCUUAACUCUCGACUUUGUAGCUAUGCAAUAUUCAACGUUUUCUUAAACUAUGUAGUUAAAUCGAAGGAACAGCAGUACCUACUUAUAUCUGAUAUACUUAUACUUAUACUCGUAU